ACUAAUCGGAUAAUUCGGUUCGGUGCAGACUGAAAUUUUUAGUUCCUUUACAAUGUUCAUUCUUAGGAAGGAAUUCUUCACAAUUGGUAUGUUGGCUUAAGUUUCUUUUUCAAUAGCCAUAAUAUUUGAAGAAAGGGCGCAUUCUAUAAAACAUAAAAAAAGGGCAUUCGUCAUAUUCCUGAUGUAUACAGUGUGAUUUCCUAUGUAUGAUGUGGUCAAAAUUAUAACAUUUAAUGAAUUAUAUCCGAGUGAUUUUGACACUGCCGUUGAAUUAUGGCAAUUGUUAGAUAAACCUUGAAUCUGGCAGUUAUGCUGAGCAUCCCCAGCCUUAGAACUCAUCCAAUUUUAAUCACAUUAUUAGUUCCUCUAAUUGUAAACGUAAAUCAUUGUCACCGCGACACUGUAGUCGUUUAGGUUUCAUCACAAGAGGUCGCAGGGAAAUGUCAUUGUUCGUUUGUCUAAUUUUGGGAUAUUUUCAUCUUGGAAUCGGCUACAUUGUAUCCGAUUGGGAAACGCCAGUGUGCCCAUUCGUUAAAUGUCAGAACAACGGAACGCUUAUCCGAGAGACAUGUCAAUGUAAUUGUUCAAGAAACUAUUUUGGAUUUUUUUGUGAAAAGGCUUAUCAAAAAAGUUUGUGGCCAGAUGGCGAAUAUGCCCUCCCAGCGGCAAUAUAUGGGUGUCCAGAGACUGGGGACAAGGGAUGGACUUUAUCUUACAUCAAUCUCACCCUGCCCCAAUCUGCCCAGCGACAGCAGUGGAACAAAAAAGACCCAACAGAACUCAUGAACAUCAUGGGCCCAUACUAUUUCCAUGCCAUUCAAAUCAAUUUCUGCCUGAAAACACAAUCUAACGUUGAAGAUGAAAGAAAUACGUUGUCCACUGAAUGGCCCAGUGGGCAAUAUUGUAUAUACAGUUUCAGCAAAACAUGUCCUAAAGGAUUCUCUAAUGGCAGUGUGAUAAUUUCUGGGUAUCGAUUCACACAACAGGAUAUUGGAGACCGUAUUCCCGGAGAACUUGGUGACAACAUGACCCUACUGCUGAGGUUCUGUUGUAAGGAGGAUGGCGAUUACAAGACACCAGUAAAGCUCCCCAAACACUUCCCAUUUAUUCUAUUCCAGAGUCAGUCAGCUGACAGAUGUCAGGAGGUGAAUUCUAUGAUUGUGCAACAGGAUUACUUCUUCAUGAACAAUGAGAAUGACACUUGGCAGUACGAGGGGGCGUUACCAUUGUUCAACACAACAACACUAAAUGGUUCUGUAGGUGUAGCAUAUUGCUACUAUGAACCCUAUGAACGCCGUGAGUGUUACUACGAUACAGACUAUGGCAACUCGUAUAAUGGCAGAGCUAACGUUUCCGUGUCUGGGAAGACGUGUUUAGUUUGGUCGGAUUCAGAGAAAUCAAUUUAUCACAACGACAAGAGGACUUACCACGAGUUUGACGACAAUUAUUGUCGUGCCUAUCAGCGGUAUACCUACAAAUCAGGAGAACCAAUGUGCAUUGUUAAACUCCCAAACACCAUAGAAAAAUGUAAUGUUCCAAAGUGUGAGGAAGAUAAAGACUUACAAGAAUUUGGAAAAUUUAAACCUUUUAGAAGUGUUCCACACCGGGGAAAUUACGAUCCACAAUAUGCGGUAGAUGGAUCUGUAGAUGCUCUAAAUCAUUUUGUUUCAAAUCGGCCUUUGAUGAAACCCUGGUACCAAAUUGAUCUUCAAGAACAUGUAGAGGUCCAUGCUAUAAUUGUCUUUCGAGUCUCCACUUAUUUUCCUUAUAACAUGCGACAUGUUGGGACAUAUGUCAGCAAGAAUCAAUGGGAUUUUAUGAACUAUGGCGCUGUUCGAUGCGAUGACUUGCGUCUUCCUGGUUAUUCCAUGGUGUUUCGUUAUCAGUGUAGGCGCCCAGUGGUCGGUCAGUACGUCACAAUACGAAACUUUGACUUCACACAAAUUGGUUAUGAUCCAGGCAAAUAUUUCAUGAUGGAAAUCAAUGAGAUUAUAAUCCUUGGAAAAACAACAACCUGCGGUAGGCCUCUGGGUAUGGCAUCGGGUAACAUCUAUGACUAUCAGAUCGGAGCCACCUCCGCAGACAAUGGCGGCGUAGAAGGCAUGCCAAUAUCAUCUCGGGGGCGAUUGUACCAUCCAGACCCUGGGUGGUGUUCUACAAAAAAGGACAAAUCACCCUGGUUCAUGAUUGAUUUGAUUGUUCCGACCGUCAUCCAGGGAAUAUCAAUACAGGGAUGGAUAUCGGGAAAAUAUUCAAAAUACAUCCGAUCGUUCCAAGUGUCUUAUGGGAUAUCUAGAAGGACGAUGAUGUUCUAUAAAGAAUCACCAGGUGUCGCGAAAAUUUUUACAAUAGACAUUACAAUGCCCGUAACAACACCUCAAACAUUCCUGUUUCACCGCGAUAUCCUGACAAGAUACAUCAAAAUACACCCAACAGCGAAGGAUGGUCAACUGUCAUGUCUGAAGGCUGAAGUUAUUGGGUGCCAGAAGCAAUUACAAAGAGAUAUAAAGUGUGGCAGUGGUACUGUAGAUUUCGGAUUUGAAGAAAUGAAACGAUUUUCCUUUUGGCUUCCAAAAGAGGAUAAUUCAGCACACACAGUUCAAAAUAUAUCAACCAUAGAGGGAUGCAGGAAGUUCUGUAUCAAAAAUAAUUGUACAGCUCUGUCCUUCUCGACAAACUCAAAACAUCAGGAAUGUUUCUUAAGUUUUGGAGACCGAUACCAUCCAACAAGAAAGGCGUCUUGGGUUCAAACUGGUGCCAUUUAUAAUUAUGCAUCCCAUCGCCUAUGUUAUAAAGACUGUGUGGAUAUAUAUCCUUGUACUUUCUCCGUAAAUGUGACACAUAAAGAUGAAACUGUGAUCAGGUCACCAGGAUUCCCAUUUAGUUACGGACAAGGUCUGAAUUGUACGUGGACUGUCCAUGCCGGACACUUGGCAUUCAUCAACCUAGAAUUUAUUUUUGUUCAUUUAGCCAAAUCCAUAACAGAAAUAUCUUUAAAAGAGCUAGGAAUAUUUGAUAUAAAUCCCGGAAGAUGUAUAGAUCGUAUAAUCAUCAGUGACAAUUCGACAUCUAUUGAGAUAACAGCAGAGACCCAAGACGCUGUCAUGGAUUCCAUUGUUGUCUCCACUGGAAAAACUCUAUCGGUGACAUUGGAGUCUUGUUUUCAAAUGUCUAUAAACCAAUUAGAAAAAGCAUUUGAAAUAAAGGUCACAAAAUCAGAUAAACCCGGAUGUGGCAUGACUUCAGAAGGAUGUACAGUUACGUGUAGAAUGCAAUCAGCAUACAUAGCAACGGACAGAUAUCCAGCCCCUUAUAAAGCAGGGGAAUCCUGCAUUUGGAACAUAGAGGGAACAUAUGGGCAAUAUGUUGAGCUGAAUGUUCUUAGCUUAGAUAUCAUCAAUGGUGACACGGCCUGUGCCAGCUCCUACAUUGCGGUCUUUGAUGUCGACCUGAACGGGAGGGAAGUGCUGCUUGGAAGGUUUUGUAAGGAAAAUAAACCAUAUAGAACUAUUUCAUCAAGGUGGCAAAAUAUGAGGAUAGAGUUUCGCUCUGGGAACCAGCCAAUUCAGGGGCGCGGAUUUUUAGGAAUGUAUACCUUCGUGAAUUUUUCCCAGAAUUAUUCGUAUGCAAAUCAUGAAAGAUGUUACAACGAUUGGCACAAAAGUAAUGGCAGCUGUUACAGAAUGUUUACUGGGAACAAAGGUAUCACGUGGAGGGAAGCUAAUAGAAAUUGCAUCCAACAGAAUGGAAGUCUUGUUAGUGUAUCCUCAAAACAGGAGCUGUCCUUUAUACAUUACCUCGUCACCAAAGAUAUGAAUUCUACCGGCGACUGGGAGAUCUACAUAGGACUUCAACAGAUAUACUCAAAAACAACAGGCGAGCUAAAAUAUAUAUGGUCUGAUGGAAAUCCUUUAACAUUUACGGCUUGGUUUCGUGAUGCCACAGUUGCAAAUAGGCAGCCUAAUGGCGUCCACAAUGAGCGGUGCACCAGCAUAAAGUUUUACAGUAUCCAUUCCAUGGAGGAUUGGCAUGACACUGCCUGCGCAUACAAUAAAAUCCCAAGCUAUAUAUGUGAAAUUGACCUGGAACACGUCAAAGAAACCAUAAUCCGGACGAACUGGUGGAGUAAUGGUACUAUUGUGCCAAAGAACGAAAAAGUGAGAAACAUUUUAUUCCAUUGUGGAAAUACGGAGCUCAUAAGUAAACUGUUUGUGUGUGAUGGAAAGAACGAUUGCAGUGAUGGAUCUGACGAAACAAACUGUACUACAGUGUGUACGGAUACACAGUUCCAGUGUGAUAGUGGGGACUGUAUUUCUAUCAGCCUGUACUGUGAUUUUGUUCCUCACUGUCCAGAUCGGUCCGAUGAAUCAGAAUGUAUCAGAAGACAAUGCAACAGUCGUGAAUGGAUGUGUUCAAGUGGUCAAUGUAUUCCUGCAAACAGUUGGUGUGACCUGAAAUUAGACUGUGUCGAUGGAAGCGAUGAAAGAGACUGUGAAAGUUGCAGCCAUGGGUUUGAAUGUUACGAUCAAACGUGCAUUCACCCUUCCAAAGUAUGUGAUGGCUUUAUCGACUGCAGUGGAUUUUUUGCAGAGGAUGAAUCUCAAAACUGUGAGAACAAUGUCCAGAGAUCUUGUAAAGACUGGUGGGGUUUAGGGCAGAGAGAUAAUGGCGAAUAUCUUGUCAGCCUCGGAUUGAAAGGUAUCCCUUCGGCUAAAGUAGAAUGUCGAUUUGAAAAAGGCAUCAACCAUGUAACCGUGCAAACGGUGGUUCACCAUUCGCAGGAAGAAAUGAUUUACUCAAGCUUGCUAGGGGUCAACGUAAAAUUGACAUACUCUGCAGGCAAGGAACAAAUGUCAAACCUCAAGUAUACAAAUAAAUGCAGUCAGACUUUAAGGGUCCGUUGUCAUUAUAUCAACUAUAACACAGACGUGUCGUGGAAGGGCGAAAAUGGUCAAUGGUUACGUAACAGUGAUGGAGAUCCUAGGAAAAACUGCUCGUGUCCUUUUGUCAACAAAUGUGAGGAGGGAAAAGUAAAGUGUAAUUGUAACUCCACUUUGGGUGAAUGGUAUGGUGCGGAGACCACAGAAGUAAGAGAAGACUCCGGCGUUAUAACAGACCACUCCGUACUGCCGAUCCAAAAACUUUCCGUCCAACGUCCAGGGGAGAACAGAUUCUUCAAGAUAGAUAUUGGACCACUUGUAUGCUAUGAUGAGACUGAUGAAGUAAACAGAGAUUUCCUUUGUCGUACUGGAAAGACUGUACCUAUGAAUCAACGCUGUAUUCUUGACUAUGACGUAUACGGGAAUACACUAGGCUGUCGAGAUUUAUCACAUUUAGACGAGUGUGAAGCCAUAGCAUGCCCCGCAGGUUACAUUAAAUGUCCAAGCAGCUUUUGUAUUCCUCCGCGAUUAAUCUGUGAUGGUGAGAAGCACUGCAAAGAUGGAGCUGACGAAAUGCAUUGUGAAUCCUGUCCAGGGUUGUAUCGCUGCAGAAACAGCAGAAUUUGUUUGGAUCCGGACAACUUAUGCGACAAUAUUCCUCAAUGUCCCGAACUUGACGACGAACUUCUUUGUAACUUAACGUGUCCAAAAGAGUGUGAAUGUGACGGUUUCGUAGGCAAUUGUGGAGGAAUUCAAAACAAACAUAUUGUAAGACUUUCGCAAGAAAUGAAAUAUUUAAACUUGAGUGAAAGCGAUUUUAGUGAUGGCUUGCCUUCUCUGCAGCAUUUGGAGCAGUUAGUCAAGUUAUUUGUCACUAAUUGCGGAUUGAGGUCAAUUAAGUCCUAUUCCUUUGCCAAACUGCAAAAUCUCUUGGUACUUGAUCUCAGUAAUAAUAGAAUAACUAAUCUUUUUGCAAAUGCGUUUGCAGGAUUAGUGUCAUUAAAAAUGUUAAAUCUGGAAGGAAAUGGACUACUGGAUGAAAUAACAGACAUGGCAUUUCUUGGAUUGCGAACAUUACCUAAAUUGGUAUUAACAAAUACCCGUUUGCAGAAUAUUGGACAAGGCACCUUAGUCGGGCUACGAAACGUUAGGCUAUUGAAUUUAUCUGCAAAUCAGAUCCAUUUUGUUGCAGAUUCUGCGUUACAAAACCUUUCUGAAUUAACAGUGCUGGAUCUGAGAAAAAAUAGAAUUGAACAGUUUUCACACAAAAUCUUUUAUGGGCUCUCAAAGCUCAAGAAGUUAUACACAGAUGCGUACACAUUCUGCUGUUUGAAACCGUCUUCAGUUGACGAAUGCCUACCGAACGCUGAUGAAUUUUCAUCUUGUGACGAUCUAAUGAGAAACGAAGUACUAUCUUCGUUUUUAUGGAUCAUCGGAUUCAGUUCUUUAUUGGGAAAUCUUGGCGUCUUUAUCUUCAAAGUAUUUUUUGAUUCACAGACUUUGAAGAAAGGUCAUGGAAUUUUUAUCAUGAAUUUAAGUGUUUCGGAUUUUCUGAUGGGAGUUUACUUGAUAAUAAUAGCCUCCGCUGAUAUACACUAUCGAGGAAGAUAUGCCUGGAAUGAUAUCCACUGGAGGCACAGUAUAACUUGCCAAAUAGCUGGCAUUCUUGCAACCAUAUCGAGCGAAACUUCGGUUCUUUUACUCUGUCUUAUAACGAUAGAUCGUCUUAUUGCGGUAAAAUAUCCUUUCGGUCAGUUUAGAUUUACCAGGGGUAAAGCUCUCUUUUGUACGGGAAUUAUAUGGUGUGUAACCAUUUUACUGGCCGCCAUACCACUGAUUCCGGGAGAAUAUUUUCGAGGACAGUUUUAUUCUCGGUCUGUCGUGUGUCUGGCUCUACCUCUAACGAGAGACAAGCCUGCUGGAUGGGAGUAUUCUACAGCCAUCUUCAUUUUACUCAAUUUCGUACUCUUUACGAUAAUUGCUCUUGGCCAAUGUCUCAUAUACAGAGAAGUAUCGCUAUCAGGCUCCAAAGUGAAAUCUACUCGGCGGAAUCAAGAUAUGGUCAUCGCUCGUGGAUUGUUCCUUGUGGUGCUGUCUGACUUCCUCUGUUGGUUUCCCAUUGGAAUCAUGGGAUUACUAGCAUUGAAUGGCUAUGUGAUUUCGGGAGAGGUUUAUGCAUGGGUUGCUGUCUUCAAUCUCCCAAUAAACUCGGCUCUAAAUCCAUUUUUGUAUUCAUUUGCAAAUAUCAGAAAAAGGAUGGAGGCAUUGUCAUCUAAAAGGAAGCGUGUAGCUCAUUGUCAAUCCGCAAUGACGCAGACCAUUAGAGACCUGUGGGAAAAUGAACUGUUCGUGGUGGGCAAACACGCCCCUGUGUACGCCACUCUCUCGGAUUACAUGCGGAACCACACACUCACAGUGCCGGAGAUGAAACUCGUUGUUCUCAGAUUGGCGGAGGCCUUAAAGUUCUUGCAUGAACAUGACCUAAUUCUAGGUCGUCUGGAAAGGAAUCUCGUGCAUCUUGAUAUUGUGGAUGGGAAGAUAACAAACGUGUAUCUCAAAACUGUACCACGGGAAGCAGAAGAGGAUGAAGACAUUCCUGAUGACAUUAAACUACUGGGAGAGUUAACCUCAAACCUGUUAAGAAACCACCAAAAGUGCUCAUCAACAGUUAACACUUCUCCAUGAAUGAUUGAAACCUUCAUGUAUUUGCUGGCUAUAAGAAUUUUUUUUCAGUUGGGUUUGUGGGUGUGUGUGGUCAUGCAACUAACUUGUGCCCGGAUUCAGAACACAGACAGCGAUUGUGUAUAAACAUUAGACUGCUUGUUUCAAGGACCAAGGUCGAUUUACUGUCUUUACAAUUAAAACUAGUGAUGCACUUCAUUGUUUCUCUACCAAGCAGCUUCCUCGUUACACCUUGUAUUCUAACGAGAUCAAAUAAUCUUGAUUCAUCAUAUAAUGCCAAAAUGACUGGAUAUUUGAGUCUAUCAUUUGUAUAUUCACCCAUGAAGACAACAUUGGCGGUGCAGAUAAGAAUUUAAGCUUUACAAUGUACCUCUGUUAGAACUGUGCAACAUAUCAAUCUUUUUAUUGUCCUGUUUAUCUAAAGAAUCAAGUAAGUUCAUCUUGCAAGUACAAAUAACCUUAAAUUGUGUGUCUUAUACAUGUACAAUGAAAUGUUUUAUCUAGGCAAACUUUUAUAUUAGCUCUGAACCAAACAAAUGUCAGACUAAAAAUAAAGUGUGAACACCAAAUGUACAAAA